UGCAUUCCUCCUCCCUCCUUUGAGACGAGACUGACAGCCCGUUAGCUGCUGCUGCUCACCGGCAAUGAUACAGCAAACACGGACUCUGAAAGACACACCGAGAUGGACUUAGCGAGCACUUUUUACCACUACAAAGACGGAUAUUAUUUAGACAUCGUUGUCUAUUAAGUUUAUUUUUCGCCAGGAUCAUUUUUGUUUCGGGGAAAAAGGAGACUCGACGUGCAAGAGAGGACGUUGACGCGACGACUGAAUUCCUGCGACAUACACCGGCCAGCUAGAAGCUUUCACGUUCACUUUGAAGACCACCUGAGUAAACCUAAACUAUUCCGGGCUGGACUUAUUUUAGUGUGUUUAAUUGUGACACUAAUAUCUUCAAAAUAAUCUUAGUAAGUAGUGAAGAGACAAGUUGUGGAAGAGCGUGUCUAAUCGCUACUGGCGACCCAACACAGCUUGAAGCUAACCGACGGCUAGCUGGAUUUCACAUUCUUUGUUUUAUUUAUUUACUUAAUUGAAUACAGUGUUGAUGUCUCUCUGAAGUUGGAUUAAUACUUGUGUUAAGAAGAGUAACACCGCUUAUGAGCUAGCUAGCGUUUCGACAACGUAACGACAGCCCGGAUCGCUUAGCUUGAUUUUUAAAGGACAUAAAUCACCUGACUUAUGGCUCGUUAGUAUCGCGGUACUGCAGCUGACCCAGCUAGAAGGUAGAGCCAGCAGCCGUCAGCCACUUCUUGGCCUUUUGCAACUCAUCGAAGGUAAAUAUGCACCACCAGGACUUUACUGGGGACCCGUCUGGGACCGGGAGUAGGAAAACGACUCACCACUACAGGAGAGGUAGCAGCGGCGCGCCUGCCUCCUCCGCAGCCGGUGGCAGUGGAGUCAACACGGCUGACGACAAUCCCACCCAGGCUGGAUCCAGUUCUCCCGGACUCCACCACCAGCCGCUGUCCCAAGUGUCUGGCGCUCAGGUGAAGAAGAAGAGCGGCUUCCAGAUAACAAGUGUCACAUCAGCUCAGAUCAAUGUGAGCGGCAACAACAGUUUAGCAGAUGACACCGAGAGCUAUGACGAUAUGGAUGAGUCACACACAGAAGACCUCUCCUCCUCUGAUAUGCUGGAUGUUUCCGUGUCCAGGGCCACAGAUACAGGUGUGCCGGAGAGAAGCUCUUCAGAUGAGACCCUCAACAGUCUCCAUGGGGUCGAUACACCUGGAAUUGUGUCACCCAACGAGCCCCUUCACCAUCAUUCCAUCCCUCAGGGGUCUCAGCAGCACACCUCCAUGGUAAAUGGGACCAUGCAGCAUCAUUAUUAUCCUCAGCAACACAGCCAGCCCCACCAUCAUCACCCUGAUAGUUUGGGAGGAGUUGAACCCUCGUUGUCAGCUCUUCCCAUUGCUCCCGUGGGUAGCUCCAGCCCGGCUUUGGCUUCCAAAGCCGGGCCUAGCCAGAGGCCACCGAUGUUGGAGCCUGCAGGUGGAACAACCCAACCACUAGCCCCUACUGUUGGUGGGACAGCCACUGAUCCACAUCUACAAGGCAGUGUGAACGUUCCUAAUGUGUCAGCUAACACUACUGCUGCUGCAGUUCCUCCUCCUGGGCCUGCAGGUUUUGACAACACUAGUGUGAGUGGACAAGUAGCUUCUGUCGGAGGAGGAACAGGACCGUCUGCUGCUGCCCCCAACACUCAAACCCAGCACACCCAAACUCAGACAGCUACUGGCUCUCGUUUUAGGGUGGUCAAACUAGACACUAACUCCGAGCCAUACCGCAAAGGAAGAUGGACGUGUACAGAGUAUUAUGAAAAGGAGGUUCCUCAUCCAACGACAUCUGAGGCACCAAAAGGCGUGGAGGUGGCUGUAGAGACGGAGGCUGGUAACGCCGGGAUUAGUCAGCAGGGCGUACAGCCACCUCACACGCUUCAGCCGCCGAGUCAAGAUUUCACUAGUCCACAAACCAUGCAGAGCCCGCCACAGGGACUGGCACAAACCACUCCUGUGACCUAUGUUUCACCCCAGGAGGUUGUUGGUGGGACCCACGUGCAGCACCCAGCGGCUCCUGUCACUGUCCCUUCUACAGCGACAUCACAGGCUGGUGUAAAUCCACCUCCCCCUGUAAUACCCCAGCAGCUGCCCUAUACUGUGGAUCCCCACCAGGCUCAACCCCAAGGAGGUUACCAGUUCCAUGGAGGGGUCAUAGCCCCGGGAAGUGUCCGGCAGCCAGACUUUAUCCAGCCUACUGCUCCCUUCCAGACCCAGGUCCAGCCUCCGCUGACGCAUGUUACAACAGGAAUCUCCGUAACGCCAGUUUCAGGGGUCAUGGCACCGCCACCGAUCAGCAUUCCUCAGCAGCUGCCCCAUCAAGGUUCGGUAGCCCCACCUGCCCAGGCAACCUUUGCUGGACAGCCACAGACCCUCCCAACUCAAGCUCACCCACAGCCACAAGUCCAGCCCCUCUCCACUGCUACAGUCCCAGUAGCGCCCACCCAUGGGACCCCCUACAUGCCUUUGAGUGCACUGCAAGCUGACCUCCAGCCUCUCCUCACCCUGGGUGCCACCUUCACCCAGGUCCCCGGAGGAGGGAGCUCCAUAAGAACAUCCCAGCUGGAGGAUGCCCAGAAGCUCCUGCUCCAGCACCAAGGCCUGCUGGGUCUGCCCAGGCUAGGGGUCGCAGCAGGUGGAGAGGGGUCUGCACAGUCCAGUGGUGCUGCUGGAAGCCUGGCCCACAUGGGCAUGUCAGCUGAGGCCAGCGCCUUCAUGGUCGCUGCUGCUGCAGGCCUCAGGACUCAGCAUGCUGAAGGAGAGGAGGACAGCUCUUCCGGUGCAAGUGUGGUGGCCAUCGACAACAAGAUUGAACAAGCAAUGGACCUGGUGAAGAGCCACCUCAUGUACGCCGUGCGCGAGGAGGUGGAGGUGUUGAAGGAGCAGAUUAAAGAGCUGAUCGAGCGCAACACUCAGCUGGAGCAGGAGAACAACCUGCUCAAGAACCUGGCCAGCCCCGAGCAAAUGGCUCAGUUUCAGGCACAGACAGAAACUGGCGGCUCCCCGAAUGGCGCUGCCCAGCCUCCGGUCGCGGCCGGAACCACACCGGUCCUCCCUUCCACACAGAGCUCCGGCACAUCUGCGUAACACAGAAACGGCACACUGGAGAACCCCCCCCCCCCAGAGGAUGAGAAAUAGGGGGAAUGGAAGGAAGAAGAAAAGGAGGAGAUAGAAGUUUUGCCAUACUGUGAACUGACUCUAACAUCAACACACAUGCCACCGUCUCAAGGAGGGCACACGUCCGCUGAACCGGAGGACAAUUUUUGUUGUUGUUGCACAUUUAGUUGAACUGAAAGACUUUGCAAUUGCACGGUGUGUGUGUGUGCGUGUGUGUGUGUGCGUGCGUGCGUGUGUGUGUGUGUCUGCUUUUAUUACCUGCCUCAGACCAUCGUCGUCUUCAAUAUAGUGUCGAUGAGCGGAAUGACAGAGCUGACAGGAACCUGACAGUCCGCUGCCAUUGGUCAGAGCCACCAGCGGAGGAAGGAGCUAACGCAGGGUCCGGCCAAUCGAGUGGGAGUAUGCUGCACGCUCUUGUCAGUGCUGUCGAAUCCCUUGCUGUGUGACCUGUGGAAAUUGUGCCAUCAUCUUUGGCCCCCCCCCCCCCCACACA